AUGGUUCGGGAAACCAGACACCUUUGGGUGGGGAAUUUACCCGAACACGUCCGAGAAGAGAAGAUCGUGGAGCAUUUUAAAAGGUAUGGACGUGUGGAGAGUGUUAAAGUCCUGCGAAAGCGGGGAUCAGAGGGGGGUGUUGCAGCUUUUGUGGAUUUUGUGGAUAUCAAAAGUGCUCAGAAGGCCCACAAUGCUGUCAAUAAGAUGGGAGAUCGAGACCUACGGACAGACUACAAUGAACCUGGUUCUGUCCCAAGUGCUGUACGGGGCCUUGAGGAGGGCUCCCCUUCAAGCAGUCGAGACGUUACAGGAUUCUCUAGGGGGACAGUGGGCCCGGUGUUUGGGCCACCAGUGUCCCUUCACACCAGAGAGGGGCGUUAUGAACGGAGAAUAGAUGGCAGCUCAGAAAGCAGAGAUCGCGCUUAUGACCACAGCCCGUACGGACACCAUGAACGCAGCAGCACUUUUGAUCGUCAACGACACUACAAUGCGGACUAUUACCGUGACCGCUCUCUGUUUGCUGCUGCAGGCUCUGGAACCUCGCGACGUGACCUCUACAGAGAUGACAGAGGACGACGCGUUGACAGGACAUAUCACCAUCGACGAAGCAGAUCUUCUCAUUCCUCACAGUCAAGACAACCUUCUCCACAACGGAGCAGAGGACAGACUCCUAAAUCUUCUCAUUCCCCUAAAAGACCUCCCUUGUCACCUGGACGAUGCCCACGGUCUCGGUCACAUAGCAGAUCUUCGAGUUCAGAUUCUGUGAGCAGUAGUAGCAGCACCGGGAGUGGCAGUGAAUCAAAUAGCAGCUCAAGUGAUGGGUCUCGGGCUCGCUCAGUCCAAUCAUCAGCUACACAUGCUCCUCCAGCUUCGGUGAUUCUUGACACUGACGAGCCACGUAGGAGCUUUGGGAUUAAAGUUCAAAAUCUGCCUGUCCGGUCAACGGAUACUAGUUUAAAAGAUGGUCUUUUCCAUGAAUUUAAAAAGCAUGGGAAAGUUACAUCUGUGCAGAUCCAUGGAGCAUCUGAGGAUCGCUAUGGCCUGGUUUUCUUCCGACAGCAAGAAGAUCAAGAGAAGGCUCUAACAGUCUCUAAGGGGAAACUUUUUUUUGGCAUGUUAAUUGAGGUCACUGCCUAUAAUGGACCUGAAACUGAGAGUGAGAAUGAAUUUAGGCCUCUUGAUGGGCGGAUUGACGAGUUCCACCCAAAAGCCACAAGAACCUUGUUUAUAGGAAACCUUGAAAAGACCACAAGUUACCAACAGCUCCUUGAUGUUUUUCAGCGCUUUGGAGAAAUUGUGGAUAUUGACAUAAAGAAAGUAAAUGGUGUCCCACAGUAUGCAUUUGUGCAAUAUUCAGAUAUUGCAAGUGUUUGCAAGGCAAUUAAGAAAAUGGAUGGAGAAUAUCUCGGGAGUAAUAGAUUGAAGCUUGGUUUUGGCAAAAGCAUGCCAACUACUUGUGUUUGGCUUGAUGGAUUGGCAUCUAACAUAACAGAGCAAUAUCUAACAAGGCACUUUUGCCGUUAUGGACAUGUGGUCAAGGUUGUGCUUGACAGAUUAAAAGGCAUGGCACUUAUCUUGUACAACAACACAGACUUUGCUCAGACAGCUGUCCGGGAGACCAAGGGCUGGAAAGUUGGUGGUAAUAAAAUAAAGGUGGAUUUUGCUAGCCAAGAAAGCCAACUUGCAUUUUAUCGCUCAAUGCAAGCAGCGGGUCAAGACAUAAGAGAAUUCUAUGAUCUUCCACUAGAAAGAAGAGAGGAGCGCAGACCUCCAUAUGAAUUUGCUGAUAGGGCAUACUAUGAAAAUCUACGUCCCCCAGAGGUGACGCAAAAACCACAGCUAAGUCGCCAGUUCACGGUUCAGAUCCUGACGGACCAGACCAGGGAUUGUCAGGGGGAAGGAGAAGUCGAAGGAAGGCAGUCAGCGAUCGGAUCUCCACAGAGGGUGCCAAUGAUGCCCCCAGGGCCCAGUGGCAACUUUCCAGAGUACCAAGGGCUGUACUCUACUAGAGGCAUGCACCAACCAAUGCCCGAAGUAUCCCCUGUGGGUCUCCCGCAGCCACAUCCUCCUCCAACAUUAAUGGGUACUGAGCUACAGCCAAAACCAGAGAGUAAAAUUUCUCAGCCCAUGGUGCAGUUGCUCAAUAAAUAUCCUAUUGUGUGGCAAGGCCUGUUAGCUCUAAAGAAUGACACUGCAGCAGUCCAGCUGCAUUUUGUGUGUGGUAAUAAAGUUUUGGCCCAACGAUCACUGCCAUUACAAGAAGGGGGUGCUCUGCUCCGGAUUGUACAGAGAAUGAGACUCGAGGCAUCACAAUUAGAGAGUGUAGCCAGAAGGAUGACGGGGGAUAGUGAUUUCUGUCUUCUUCUGGCUCUACCAUGUGGACGAGAUCAGGAAGAUGUUCUAAAUCAGACUCAAGCCCUGAAGUCUGCUUUCAUUAACUACUUGCAGUCUAAAUUGGCUGCUGGGAUUAUUAAUAUUCCUAACCCAGGCUCCAAUCAGCCUGCCUUUGUCCUGCAAAUUUUCCCUCCAUGUGAGUUUUCAGAAAGCCACUUGUCGCAGCUAGCCCCCGAUCUUCUGAACCGGAUUUCCACCAUUUCUCCACACCUUAUGAUUGUGAUCACCUCUGUGUAA